UAUUCAACUUUUGUUGACGAUAGACUUUUUCGCGCCGGUCGCAACCAAGACUUUUUUGCUUUGUCUUUUGUUUACUCACACAUACACACACACUGCAGUAACAUUUUCAUACAAAACAAAUCGUUUUUUGGUUUCUUUUUAUAUUAUUGAAACAAUUUCUUUUUCUGAAGAAAAGUGUUUUUCCAACUCACCGGAUGGAUGACGAGGACCCACCUCCUCGUUUUUUGCCGAGGAGGAAAUAUGAGGCUGGAAGUAACCCGGACAGCAAGAAGUUUAAAAAUCUUCAAACACCAACAACAAUAAAAAACAAAAUGGUUUUUGUUUCGGAAACGAGUUCACCAACACCAACAACAUCUACAGCUGCACAAGUUACUGAAGACACCAGUCAUCAAAACAAUGAUACAAAUGAAAUUAUUUCUAAAAAUACUAAUAACCCCACUACCAAUUAUCCCAAUACCAUUAUUUCCAACACAAAUAGAUCCAAUCCCAAUAAUCCAAACAAUAGCGCCAACACCGAUAAAUCCAUCAUUUCACAAUCCAUUCAUCCCAACAACUCACACUCCAACCAUCCCACUCCCAUAGCGGCCACAACUAACACCAAUCAAGAAGAUUUUCACAACUACAAAACAUAUCAAAAUACACAGAUUCUCUACAACAAACUGCAUCCUGGUCCUUUUUAUGUAUUAGUUAAGACUGAUGAACCCAUCAGCUCAAAGAGGAAAAAUUCUGAGCUUCAUUUAUAUGCAAAGCUAACUAAUGCAAACAUAAAUUAUCAUUUUGUUUCAAAAAACAUAGCAUACAAGACUUUCCGUUUAACUUUCAACAACAGCGAUUCAGCGAAUAGUUUUGUUUUGGAUUCGAAAGUAAAGCAAAUUGGCCUUAAUGCAUUUAUACCGGAUACAUUUGUGCAAAAAUUUUAUGUUGUAAAAUCGGUACCUACUUUUUUCAGCGGCAAAAUGAUCAUAGAUCAAAUCAAUAACAGCGAUAAUGAUUUUAAAGCGGUGUCUGUAUACCGUUUCAAUUAUAAGAACGAAAAUGGACAAUACGUCCCAUCACAAACAAUUAAAAUAGGAAUUGUAGCGAACUUCAUGAGCUACAAAAAGUUCUUGAUAUGAAGAAGAAGCCAUCUGCAGCUGGCCUGGAUGGCAUAACAUAUGAAAUGGUAAAUAAUCUUUCCAUACAAUCCAAACACCAUCUUUUAGUCGCAUAUAAUAAAUUAUGGAGAAACUGCAAUUAUCUUGAUGAAUGGAGAGAAAUCAAAAUUGUGCCCAUUCCCAAAAAAGACAAAGAUCUGGAUAUUCCAACUAAUUUCAGGCCAAUUGCCUUGAUUUCUGUUUUUGCAAAAAUAAUAAAUCUAAUGGUAAAGCAACGCCUAAAUCUCUAUAUUGAUGAUAACAAAUUGCUUCCACAUAGAUCAUAUGCCUAUAGGAAACACGUAUCUACAUCAACAUGCAUCAACGACAUUCUUCACACAAUAAACUUUCACAAGGAAAGAAAUGAGAAAGUUGUUAUACUAUCAAUGGAUGUAUCUAAGGCCUAUGAAUGUGUAGACAUCAGCUGUCUACGAAUGAUCUUGCAACAAUUGGAUAUUCCCGAGCAAAUCAGAACUUGGAUCCUAAACUUUCUAUGCAAAAGAACACUCAGAAUGGGAAACUCCCUGCUAAAUAUUUACAAUGGCAUUCCUCAAGGAAGUUGUUUAAGCCCAACUCUGUUUAAUUUAUACACACUAGGCCUGCAUGGUAUUUCAGAUGGGAACACUAAUCUUUUUCAAUACGCUGAUGACUUCAUUCUAUUAGUUCACGACUUCGACUUUGAUCUGGCAAAUAGAAUUUUACAAAAAAAAGCAAGUAAUUUCGUCAACUUACUUAUGAAAUUAAACCUUAGCGUCAAUAUAGAAAAAACAGCUGUUAUGUAUGUUGCCAAAGGAGGCCGUAAGAAACCUCAUGUCAUGAUCAAUGGAAACCAGGUUAAAGUUGUAACAUCCAUAAAAUUUUUGGGUAGACACAUUAAAAACAGUCUGUCCUUGAAAGAACAUUACGAUGAGGUGAUACUAUCUUGCAAAAACACUUUAAACGCUCUAAAGAUGGUAACUGGCCCAAAGAAAGGAUUACAUCCAGCAAAAGCAGUAAAUUUAAGUAAAUCUCUGAUUUUUUCCAAGACAGAAUAUGCAAUAUCAUCAAUGGCUCACAGACCAGCAUACAUAAAUAAAAAAUUAACUUCUUUUCAAAAUCAACUUUUAAGAAGAAACUUGGGACUGGUGCCAUCAACGCCAAAUCAUGUUGUAUGUGCUCUCGCUGGUAUUCUUCCAACGGAUUUAAGAGCCCGACAGCUUGCGGCUAAAGAGUUGUUAAGAUUAAAAAUUUAUAAUCUUUCUCUAUAUGAUUACUUCACAACGAACUCAUCUCAGAAAACGAGCAUUGGAUACGUCUACAACAAUUUCAAAAACAUAUUUGAUAAAACAAGAAUUGGUUACAACGUAAAAUCGUCAAAAAUUGAGACAAAACUAAACAUUUUUAAUUUCUCAAAAAAUGAUGUUGCUUCUGAGUGCAUACAAUCUCAUUUUCGCAAAAUGUUUAACGAGCUAAAAUCUCAAGGGGUUUCCAUUUGGGCAACAGAUGCCUCGGUAACAAAUAAUAACACAGGAUGCGCUGUCUGUAACAUAUCCUCAAGUCAGAACUUCUUAUUUAAAAUCGAAGAAAAGUUAUCUUCUCUAGCUGGAGAACUACGAGCUAUAGAAAAAGCUAUAGAUAUAAUAAUUGAAGACGGAAUCAGCAUGGCUGCGAUCUUCACAGACAGUAAAAAUGCGUGUCUUCUUUUACAAGAUAACUCCUCCAACAAUUACACCACAUACAACAUAAUACAAAAAAUUAAUAACUCAUCUAUAUGCAAAGUGACUUUUAUUUGGGUUCCAUCACAUGUUGGAAUUUCCUUAAAUGAAACUGCCGAUUUCUAUGCAAAACAAGCUACGGAAGCUGGAUGUGUUAUACCAUACGAACUCUCGGUCACAGAUGCAAUCCAAAAGAUUGAAGCAAAUCUCUGGAACGAUUUUGUUGAACGUUUCAAAGAAACUUCUCUGCACAAAGGAUCUUAUUUCUUCCGCUUCUUCCCAAAUCCUCCCAAACAACCAUGGUAUAAAAACUCUAGCAUGAAACCUGAAAACAUAAAAAUCAUUAAUAGACUUUUUACUGGACAUACAUAUACCAAAAAAUAUUUUCACCGUGUUGGUAUUUCCAACUCCAGUUUAUGCGAGACCUGCAAUGUGAUCGAGGAUGAAAAUCACAUUAUCUUCCACUGCAAGAAAUUUAAUAGAGAAAGAAAUGAACACAACCUUUUUAAAACACACAAUAACUUACCGGAUGUCCUCAUGGCCAAAGAUUUUCAACUCAUAGAUGAUCUCCUGAAUUUCAUUAGCAAAUGUAAAAUUGUUUUAUGAAAUCAAUUAAUCUUUUUAUCCUGUCAAAAUCAAAA